AUGCCCAAGGGGAGGUAUGCCAACCCCAGCACUGCACUGGAUGGUGCCUGGUUUCAGCACUCUAGACCUCUGCAAGUACAUCCUGAAUCUCUUACUACCAGUAUGCAAAAACAGAUACUAAAUUUAGAAACUGUUCAUCAAAUUGAAAACAGAUUGCCGGUAAUGUAUAAAUUUCGGGAGAAGAAACCAGUAAACACAUUUCCAUUUUCAGUCCAUGACAACAGACAUUGCUUACUGAAUGUAGGAGAGUACUUAGAUUCUGGGCUAGGACUAAGAAAAUUUCAACAUGAGAUGUGUCAACACUAUGCACAGAACUCCUCCCUUUUGGCCCAUGAACCUAUUUUGAGCAGUUCAAGCUAUCGUACCAUGUAUCAAACAUCAUUUGUCCCAUACCCAAACCCUGAACCACCCUUUCCAGGGCGAUUUCCUAAAAGUCAUGUAGAAAGAUCCCGUGCUUUAAAUGCUGUUUCUAAAACUGAUGGCAGGUUGUUUUCAGAAUUCUGUGCCAGUCCUAAUAAUUUAAUUCCUGGUAAACCUGUUUCAAGUUCUCUCCCUGAUCUUAAGGAACUACCUAAUGUGCAGUUGAUGGAAUAA